ACGGGCAUGUGCGUCAAGUCCAGGAGGACACAGGCAAUCCGUUUCUUGCUACCAAAAUCGUUGAAAACCAAUUAAACCAAGUAGCAGACAAACAAUUCGUUUUAUAAUAACGCAAUAAUAUAGCCGUCGCUUUUUGUGUUUUCGUUUCAGCUUUCAUCAUCGCCCUUUUCUCUGAUCUGCGCAGCCCCUCCCGAGCCUUCAUCUACGCGGAACCGCCUUUUCCUCUCAUCAUUCAUCGCUUUCUGGGACAGAGAAAAGUGAAAAUGAUUGCCUUUUUCAAUUAGGCUUCCAAUCACUUAAUAAUUACGGACUACUAUACUCUUCCCUCCUUUGUUGAAAAAAGGUGUCAAAGCAUCCAUCUUUAUUGCUUAGCUAGCAUACAAUUAGAAGAGAAAAGGAGCAGCAGAGGAUGUUAGGAUUGGGUAUUCUAGUGAAAUGAAACAGUUGAAUUAAGCAGUGAAAUCUUGGCUUUGUCUUACAGAAUCAUUGAGGAGGUGUUGUUCUUAUUACCAAAGGCUGCCUUUGUUGAUUGGUAGCAGACUGUGGAAAUUGAGCUGUUGUCAAUAAAGGAUCUUAGAGUGGAUUAGGAAAGGUCUUCUCAGUUUCAAAAGAACAUAUGGGGUCUUUUCCUGGGCAUGUUCUACCGGGAACACUGUUUCUUGUGGUUGGAGUGUGGCAUAUGUGGUGCUCAAUAGUCAGAUAUGUGUCGAACCCCGAAGCGUUCCGGGUAAGGGUGUGGAAUCCUGUUAUGGGCUUCAACGAGAAGUUUAAGUACUUGGAGCUUUAUGUCAUAGCAAUUGGAGGUUUGAUUGAUUUUUGUAUCGAGCUCUUCUAUUCAACCCACCUCAAGCUCUUUGUUGAUGGCGUUUUGAAUCCUUCUCAUAUGAAUAACUUUGAGCAUGCCGGGAUGCUUCUCAUGUUCUUCGUGUUUGGAAUCAUAGUACUACUCUCUGAAAAAACCAGCUUCCUUCCCUUGCCACAUCAAGCGUUGUGCUUGAUUGCAUCCACGGCGUUCUGUGCCGAGUAUUUCUUAUUUUAUUUUCACUCGACGACGCACAAGGGUCUCGAGGGUUACUACCACCUCAUCCUCGUCCUCCUUAUAGGCCUCUGCAUAGUAACUACCAUUGCUGGGGCCCUCGUGCCAGCAAACUUCCCCGUCGAUUUGUCCAGUGGCAUUGCGAUAACGCUUCAAGGCCUCUGGUUCUAUCAGACCGCAUUCACUCUUUACGGUCCAAUGAUGCCCGAGGGUUGCAGUCUUCAGGGGAACGAGGUAUUAUGUCGGUCCACUGAUAGUCAAGUUCGAGGUGAGUCGCUAGCGAACUUACAACUGUUCAGCAUGGUCUUUUGCGUUCUAGCCGGGGUUGCAGGGGCAUAUGGUUUUGCGGUUUCGAAAUUUGGUUACCCAGAAAUUAUACUUCCAGUGGUUACACUUGAUGGAUAGAUGCAUUUGCUCAAAAUGGCCAUUUUUGGUUUAUAGGCCCUCAGAGGAAGCACUUAUUGCCUUGGACAUAACUUUUUCUUUGUAAUCUUGUUAUUGCAGAUAAUGCCUAACAAUUAUACCCUUUUUUUCUUUUCCUUUUGGGGUUCUGUUUAGUACAUGGAAAUUGUAAUUUAUUCAAUGUUUCAAAUGCAAAAGAAAAAUAAAAUAUAUUCUAUUUUCUUUCUUA